UUUCAAUUACAACUUAUCUGAAUGUAAGGCACCAAGUUCUGUUGCUACUAACAGUAUGUGGGAUUCUGUGGUGAUUUAUGAACAUGGACUACAACUAGCAAGCCAAUUCCUCUAAAAUGUAAAUAUAUUUAAAGUGAUAUUUGUAGAGCCUCCCUCCUCUAUUGAGCUGCUGAUCUGUGGGAGCUCUAUCAGUACCAUAAGAUAGCAGGGAAACAAAACCAAAAAGCCAUCCGAUACUUCCUGGGCAUUUUGGCCAUAAUUAUUCUCAUUUAAUUAAGCUUGAAUGACCAAGUAUUAAAAAUGACUGAACCAAGGACGCUAAAGCAGAACCAACAGUAGCCCAAGGAAAAGUAACUUCCCAGAAAAAUAUAAGGACAAUGUUCUGUGAACAAUUUUAGGCAGAUUAAAGUGACAUAGUAAUAAGCAGUAUUAAACCAAAAUGUUCACCAUCAUCCAUCCGGCCGGGUAUUGGAUAGUUGCCUUUAAGCAAAACAUAUCAUGUGGGCUGAGCACUGCAAUAGCCGCAGUGCUUACUCAGAAGCUCAACCUGUCUAGCAGGCUCCAGGGUUCUCAGACUAGCUUUUAUGCACAUGACCAUCAGUCAUUUUAGGAUAUCAAAGACAGCAAAUUUAUAUCUGUUCAUGGGUCUGUAUUUAGGCAUUUAAAUGCAUAUAAAUAUAGGUAAGUACACAUUUUUUUCAAGGAAACAUUAUGGAAGUUUAACACAUUUAAAGAUCAUUAGAUAUUCACUCUAACUCCCACUCCUAUAUAAAAGCUCUGGCUGCACUAGUUUAUUUGAAUAUAAGAGAAUUUUUUAUAGUUAAGGAAGCCUCCUAAAUUAUAAAUGACUGUACUAUAUGUAAGGUCUGCACCUUGGACAUUGAACUGAAAAUAAUGAAGUACUUAGGAAAUAUCUGUUGCAUUGAUGUUCCAAUCCCUGUUGCUUCGCAGUAUGAUAUUUACACUGAGGGAAACUGAGUUACAGAGAGGUGGGACACCUUUCAGGAGUCACCAGAAGGGCUAGAAGAGUUUGGGAUGCUGAAAUCCAGAGUGGUGUGGAUUAUUUUUUUAAUCUGAACUAUUCAAAUUAUCUGUUUAUAUUGAUCAAAAUUGGCCACAGAAUCUCCAAAUCCUCAAGUUCACAUUAAGACAAAUAGGCAGACUUUUCUCUAGAAAACUAAACAGCCUCUUUUAUAAACAGGAGUAUUUUUAGAAUUAACAGUAACAAAUCCAAGUCAAUACAGUGUAUGUGAACUUAAAAACAUGAAUGGAUUUUUGCUGGACUGAGCUGGCUGCCUCCUGUUAUUGUGAAGGCGACUCACUUCAUCCCAACUUCUUGAUACUUUCGCUCCUGGAGGUCAUAUUUCUCUCAGAUCUUCCAGAAAAAAGUCUUAAAGCCAUCUUAGCCUUUUUUCCAGUCCACCUCUUAAAUUUUUCCUACUCUUCUCCAAUAAUGACAUGAGUGUGAGUACAGCUUGUCCAUAAAGCCUGCCUUGCUCCGAAGCAUCCGACUGUAAAGACUGGUCACCUACACCUGUGGUUUGUGGGUCUGAAGAAAACCAUCCAUCCUUGCAAAUGUCUUCUGCUGAGAUGCCUGACACAGAGACUGUCUCUCCUUUUCCUUCUUCCAUGGAUCUGCUUAUUCAGGACAGCCCUGAUUCUUCCACCAAUCCCAAAGGCAAACAAUCCACUUCUGCAGAGAAUAGUGCCACAAAAAAGGAAGACAAGGUUUUGGUCAAGAAACAGAAGACCAGAACUGUGUUCUCUUCCGCCCAGCUGUGUGUACUCAAUGAUAGAUUUCAGAGACAGAAAUACCUCAGCCUCCAGCAGAUGCAAGAACUUUCCAACAUCCUGAACCUUAGCUACAAACAGGUGAAGACCUGCUUCCAGAACCAGAGAAUGAAAUCUAAGACGUGGCAGAAAAACAACUGGACAAAGAAUAGCAACAGUGUGACUCAGAAGGCCUCAGUACCUACCUACCCCAGCCUCUACUCUUCCUGCCACCAGGGAUGCCUGGUAAACCCAAAUGGGAACCUUCCAAUGUGGAGCAACCAGACCCAGAACAUCCCGUUCUGGAGCAAACACUUCUGGAACGCUCAGACCUGGUGCACCCAGUCCUGGAACAAUCAGGCCUGGAACAGUCCCUUCUAUAACUGUGGAGAGGAAUCUCUGCAGUCCUGCUUGCAGUUCCACCCAAAUUCUCCUGCCAGUGACUUGGAGGCUGCCUUGGAAGCUGCUGGGGAAGGCCUUAAUGUAAUACAGUAGACGACUAGGUAUUGUAGUAGUCCACAAACCAUGGAUUUAUUCCUAAACUACUCCACGAACAUGCAACCUGAAGAUAUGUGAAGAUGAGUGAAAUUGAAAUUACUCAAUUUCAGUCUGGGCACUGGCUGAACCUUCCUCUCCCUUCCUCCCCUCCCUGAUAGGAUUUUUCUUGUUUGGAAACCACGUGUUCCGGUUUCCAUUAUGCCUAUCUAGUCAAUUUGAUGGAGGGUGGAGUAUGGUUGGAGCCUAACCAGAGAGGUUUCUUUCUUUCUUUCUUUCUUUUUUUUUCCUAUUGGGUCUUCCUGGAGAAAAGGCAUUUUAAUCACCUUGGCUGCUAAAGACAACUUGAUACUAGCUGUCUCUAGUUAUCUAUAGAUAACUAGAUCUAAUACUAGUUUGGGUAUCUUUAGGGUUUAGAAUCUAACCUCAAGAAUAAGAAAAAAAUAAGAAGAAAUAAAAGUACAAAUUGGUGUGAUGAAAAUACAUUCCUAUUGUUUGGGAU